AUGGGCUCGUGUGAAUGCGAGGCGUUCCAGCUCGGACGGGAACAAUGCUGCCGAUUGGCUGAGAGCAAAAUCGAUGCCAUUCCUCCCAUCGCACAUGCACCAAUCCUGUCAGCUGCAGGAUUGUCGCCGAUUCGGCUUACUUUUGCAUGCAAAUGGCUGCACACAGGCCACAGAUGGACUCUUGCAGCCGAUCGAUGUAGCGCAUUUUGGUUUAGCCUCCGGACUUUUCCCAAUCCACAGCCUCACUCACUCACUCACGCCCUCUUUGCAAACAGUCGCCGUCACCUUCCACUCGUCUCUCCCACUCGGCCUCUCCACUCCAGCUGGCCACACUCACAUUUCAACAAUGUCGCUUUCCCUACUCGCUGCUAG